AUUCCUGCCGUUCAACGGAGCGCGACGCUCCCGAAGGCCGACGCAUCGUUGCAUUGCAUCCGCCGCCCGCCCGCAGCGAACGCCCGCCUGCCUUUACCUUGCCAGUUUCAGGGGGGGAAACGACGCUCUUCCCGGCUCCGAUUCCAAAGAUCAAGCUUGACUAGAGACUUGUUGGGAUCUCGAUCCAGCAGCGCUCUUCACCCUCUCAAGCCUCUCGUCACGAUCCGUGCACCUGUAGUUCCAGCUCGCUAGGCCCGGCCGGGCGGUCAAAUGGAGCAGCUCUUUUUCUUGCUGUUGUGGCGGCGCCGGACGAGGCCGCAGAGAGCAGCAGGCCAGGCUGAUAAGAAGCGAGCCGGCGUGGCGCAUGAUCCUGAAUCGUGACGCCAACCAAAGAACCAAUUCAGGCACGCGACCGCAGCGCAGCCAUGGACGUGGAAGCGCGCAAGGACUCGUCGCCAAUUCCAACGCGCGGCAAGCUAACGCGCCGCCUUCUUCUGGUAGCGGUCAACUGCGGGAUGCUGGCAUUGGGCACCACGGCCGGGCCGCUCCUCACCCGCCUCUACUACGACAAGGGCGGCGACCGGGAGUGGCUCUCGGCGUGGCUCGAGUCCGCCGGCUGGCCGCUGCUGCUGGUCCCCGUGGCGGCCUCCUACGCCGCCCGCCGCGCGCGCGACCGGGCCGCCCCGCUCCUUCUCGCCCCGCCGCGCGUGCUGCUCGCCGCCGCGGGGCUCGGCGCCGCCAUGGGCGCCGACAACUUCAUCUACGCGUACAGCCUCCGGUACCUCCCCGUGUCCACCUCCGCGAUCCUCCUCUCGACGCAGCUCGCGUUCACGGUGUUCUUCGCGUUCCUCAUCGUGCGCCAGCGGCUGACGGCGGCGACCGUGAACGCCGUGGCGCUGCUGACGGCGGGCGCCGCCGUGCUGGGCCUGCACGUCUCGUCCGAACGCCCCGCGGGGGCCACCCGGGCGCAGUACCUGAUGGGCUUCGCCCUCUCCCUCGCCGCCGCGGCGCUGUACGGGCUCAUCCUGCCGCUCGUCGAGCUCGCGUACAGGCGGGCCGCGGCGGGAGGCGGCGGCGGCGGCGCCCGCGCCGUGACGUACGCGCUGGUGAUGGAGAUGCAGCUGGUGAUGGGCUUCUUCGCCACCGCGUUCUGCACCGUCGGCAUGGUCAUCAACAAGGACUUCCAGGUGCGUGCCCAUGCCACGCACACUUACUUCUACUCUGAAAUGAUUUUUUUUUAGGGGUACUCUGAAAUGAAUGAAUUGAUCUGAUCGCCCGGGCCUGCAAAGCUCCUGCCGCGCGUUUUGCAAAUGGGCUUCUUUCGGGCAGAAAAGCUUUGAUGGGCUUCUUUGGUGCUGCAUUGCGUGCGAUGAUGAAUCUCUGAAGUGCCUUUCCUAUUCCUGAGGCCCAGCCAGUGUUUGACUUUUUCCACCCGCUAUGACACUGUCUCUGCUUCAGUGCUUCUGCCUGCCGACAACUGCCGUGGCCACUGCGAAAACUGGCCAGCACAACACAACUGCUCAAUAAUUUGUUGGCCAGGUCGUCUUUAGUUUCUUGUUGGCUGCUGGCCUGCCUGCUGUAUGCUCUCACAAUGGCAUAGGGUAGCAGAGCACUCGAGCUGGUGCCGUUCCUGCACUUCAUUGGUUAUGAUGUGAGCCAUGCACGUGCAACAGCGGGGUACAGCAUGGUGCUGCAUGUGCGACGAUCCGGGAAAUUAGAGAGAAGAUGGACCUGCAUCUGCACUAUAGUUUUCUUUUUUUCGCGAA